UGGUUGCGGUCCUAGUGGAUCCGGGUGGGUGAGCGCAGGCGGUCGCGAAGGUUCCAGCUUUUCAGGGAGAGAUGAGGUGCCGCAGGUGUUCAGGCCCAGUCUGAGGCCGCAGGAUUGUCUUUUCAUUGUUCUCCAUGCUCCGGUUUUUGCCUCUCUAUCUAGCACCCACACUGCCACCAUGUGUUGACAUAUUAGCUUGAUCCAGCCACUGUCUUCGUUGUAUGAUUAGUAAAAUGCUUUCCUAAACCGUAAAAAGUUGAAGAUGUCUAGACAGAAUUUAGUGGCUUUGACAGUGACCACCCUUCUGGGAGUGGCUGUGGGGGGAUUUGUCCUAUGGAAAGGCAUCCAGCGACGCAGGAGUAAGACAAGUGGUGUGACCCAGGCGCAGCAGCAGCAGCAGCAGCAGCAGCAGCAGCAGCAGCAAGAGCAAGUGACACCAAGGAGAGAGCAGCCCCCUUCAGAAGAGCACCAGCUGCCCUCUGGUGUUCCCAGAGCCUCCUGGGAGGAAAGAAUUCUCCAUGCAGAUGUGGUGACAGUGUCUCAGGAGGCAGAGUGGGAUCAGAUUGAGCCCUUGCUCAGGAGCGAGUUAGAAGAAUUUCCAGUACUUGGCAUCGACUGUGAGUGGGUGAAUCUGGAAGGCAAAGCUAGUCCUCUGUCACUCUUACAGAUGGCCUCACCAAGUGGCCUGUGUGUGUUGGUUCGCUUGCCCAAGCUGAUCUGUGGAGGUAAAACACUACCAAGAACGUUAUUGGACAUUUUGGCAGAUGGCACCAUUUUAAAAGUUGGAGUGGGAUGUUCAGAAGAUGCCAGCAAACUUCUGCAGGAUUAUGGCCUCAUUGUUCGAGGGUGCCUGGACCUCCGCUAUCUGGCCAUACGGCAAAGGAAAAAUUUGCUGUGUAAUGGACUUAGCCUGAAAUCACUUGCUGAAACAGUUUUGAACUUUCCCCUUGACAAGUCCCUUCUACUUCGUUGCAGCAACUGGGAUGCUGAGAAUCUUUCAAAGGAUCAGGUAACAUAUGCAGCCAGGGAUGCCCAGAUUUCCGUGGCUCUCUUUCUCCAUCUUCUUGGACACCCUUUCUCUAGGAAUUUACCUGUGGAAGAAAAUGAUGACCGCAUUGGCUGGAGAAAAGUCUUGGAGAAAUGCCAGGAUGUGGUAGACAUCCCAUUUCGAAGCAAAGGAAUUAGCAGAUCGGGAGAAGAGGUUAAUGGGGAAGCAACAGAAUGUCAGCAGAAGCCAAGAAAUAAAAAGUCUAAGGUCAAUGGAAUGGUGCCAGGCAACCACCAAGGAAGAGACCCCAGGAAACACAGAAGAAAGCCCCUGGGGGUGGGCUAUUCUGCCAGAAAAUCACCUCUUUAUGAUAACUGCUUUCUCCAUGCUCCAGAUGGACAGCCCCUCUGCACUUGUGACCGAAGAAAAGCUCAAUGGUAUCUGGACAAAGGCAUUGGAGAGCUGGUGAGUGAAGAGCCUUUUGUGGUCAAGCUACAGUUUGAACCUGCAGGAAGACCUGAAUCCCCAGGAGACUAUUACUUGAUGGUUAAAGAGAACCUGUGUGUCGUGUGUGGCAAGACAGACUCUUAUAUUCGGAAGAACGUGAUUCCACAUGAGUACCGGAAACACUUCCCAAUUGAGAUGAAGGAUCACAACUCCCAUGAUGUGCUCCUGCUCUGCACUUCCUGCCACGCCAUUUCCAACUACUAUGAUAACCAUCUGAAGCAGCAGCUGGCCAAAGAGUUCCAGGCCCCCAUUGGCUCUGAGGAGGGCUUGCGCCUGCUGGAGGAUCCUGAGCGCAGGCAGGUGCGUUCUGGGGCCAGAGCCCUGCUCACGGCGGAGAGCCUGCCUGCUCAUCGAAAGGAGGAGCUUCUGCAGGCACUCAGGGAGUUUUAUGACACUGACACCAUCACAGAUGACAUGCUUCAAGAGGCUGCCAGCCUGGAAACCAGGAUUUCCAAUGAAAACUACGUUCCUCACGGGCUGAAGGUGGUGCAGUGUCACAUCCAGGGUGGGCUGCGAUCCCUCAUGCAGCUGGAGAGCCGCUGGCGCCAGCACUUCCUGGACUCCAUGCAGCCCAAGCACCUGCCCCAGCAGUGGUCAGUGGACCACAACCAUCAGAAGCUGCUCCGCAAAUUCGGGGAGGAUCUUCCCAUCAAACUGUCAUGAUAGCUGCUUCCCGUCCAGGUCAGGACAGCUGGGAAGCUGGAGCCAAGGUGGAAAAGUCAUCUGUUCUUGUUUUAAGACAUAUUUAAUUGUCAAUGCCUGGAUGGCAACUCAGAACACUAACUUGUACUAAACCCGGGUGCUUCUGAUGGAGCAAGGCUGUUGUUUGAAGGGGGAGCUGGUGGUUUUGAAUUUUAAUUGAGCAGAGACAGUAUUUUUUUGUUUGUUUUUCCAUCAUCAUCUUUUACUUUUGUGGACCAGAGAGGUUUGACUUCUAUUUUUAUUCUCCCUCUUCUGAUUUCACUGUAAAGAGACAAAAUGAAGACUUCUCCCUGAAGUGACUCAUUAAGGCUUUCAGAAAAUGUUUGUAGUAUGUUUCUUCCCUGUCCACCAUGCUAAUUACCUCUAGCAGGGACUGUCCAGGGUGUCAGUCCUGUCAGGUUAGGAGGGAGAAAAACUUUUUUCAGAGGCUGGAGAAAUAACCAAGGAGUCAGAUUCAUUUUCCCUCUUCAACUUCAUAAGUCCAGUUUCUUCUGCUCUCCCAUAAUUUAUCUGGUUGGAAUCCAUCCCAUCUGUGUUGCUUUGGUUUAUUUCACAUACUGGAAAAUGCUUCCCUUUACACAUCUGUGUCCAAAGCAGCAGCUUCCUGUCAUGUACUUCCACCCUAACACUGAGGGAGCCCUUUUCUGUAAAUAGGCCUUCAGCCUGGGUGGGACAGAGAGAAGCAGACACACACUCUUCCAGGAGACUUUGGAACUUUGUUUAGCUUUUCCUCAUGCUCUUUGUGCCUGCUCACUGCACUCCCCUUGCCCAGGGCUGGAAGGUUUUUAGUUUAAUCUCUUUCUGAAGAGGAGAUUACCUUUGCUCAAAAUCAGUGUCAGCUCCUUCAGUGUUCCAUGUUCCAUCAGAUUGGCGAUACUGACCCAUUUUCAGCACUUAGUUCACUUUUAGAGUCAUUCGGUCAGUUUCCAGUGUGAGGAUUUCUCCGUCUCCUCUGAAGCCCAGGACACCAAGAUGAAUUAAUAUAUUAGAUGUUCAAAAGGGUGAUGUUUCAUCUUUCAUAAAGAUAGGCUAUACUUUGAGUAUGAAAUCAGUUUAUUAGUGAUUCGUGUUUUUUCUAAACUUUUGGGAAAACUUUCGUAUUCUACAAGAUCUUAAUAAGUUUGAAAAGAAUUUUAUGGCCAGAAUCCAACAAAAGCUGUAAUUUGGAUUUGUGCCCAAGUUGGUGAUAAUUGAUCUGACAUUGAUGAAUAAAACUGCUAAGCACAAGGUUCA